AUGGCAAAUAUGGGAGGCUUAGUAGACCUAGUGGCUAGCAUUAUGAGGGUACCGGGUUAUCAAGUGGUUAUUGUUACGUCAGCUGCUGUUGGAUUCGGGUGCAUUAAACUCAACUUAGCAAAUCGUCCUACAUCUGAUCAACUAUCAUUAAAGCAAGCGGUUGCUGCUGCUGGACAAUCCCUUCUUAUAAGAUUGUAUGAGGAUCUCUUCGACGCGUAUGGCUUGAAAGUAGCGCAGAUUCUCUUAUCUAGAUUUGACUUUUCGGCUAAGGACAGGUUUAGGAACUUCAGGAACGCUACGAACGAAUUGUUGAACAUGGGGGUUAUUCCUAUUAUAAAUGAAAACGACUGUAUAUGCGUUGACGAGCUACGUUUUGGUGACAACGACACGUUAUCUGCCUUGGUGGCUGUCAGCUGUAAUGCGGAAAGGCUUUUCCUGCUCACUGACGUCGACUGUCUAUAUGACAAGAACCCGCACGAAUUCGCCGAUGCUAAGCCUAUACGAGAGCUCAGUAGCUUAGAGCUGGCCAAGCUGGAUGUGGAAGUUGGUGGAGACAGUCAGUGGGGCACCGGGGGUAUGGCGACCAAACUCGUAGCGGCUAGGACUGCAGUAGCUGCUGGUAUAGAGUGCAUCCUCACGCAUGGUGCCAAGCCAAAUAAGGUAGUAGUAGUAGUAGUAGUAGUAGUAGUAGUAGUAGUAGUAGUAUUCGCUGUAUCCAAAAUGACCUGGAGGAGACGUUGGAUGCUGGGCCUCGAGACUAGAGGUGUAAUAAGCCUGGACAGGGGAGCUGCUGAUGCGAUAAGAAGGAAAAAGAGUCUAUUCGCAGCGGGGAUCACUCGCGUCACAGGCAGUUUCCAUCGUGAUGAUUGCGUGUCGCUGGUCGAGGCUGAAACUGGUGAGGAAAUUGCUCGAGGUGUGGUAAACCUUCGAGAUUUUGAAGUGGAGAAAAUCAGAGGACAUAAAUCGUCCGAGUAUGGAGAACUGUUGGGCUGCGUUGUAGCUCCGGAAGUCGCCUAUAGAGAGAAUAUAAUUCUCACGACGGGAGCUCUCGCAGUUUUUGACAGCGAGGCGGAAGACUCGGAUCAGCCGAAUAACUUAAAAAAAACUACUGAACCUCUUUUGUGGCUCACCCAGAGCGGGAGAAGUGCGAGGACAGCCCUAACGAUGGCCGAUCACCGUGCUACUCCACCUGAUAGUAGUGCUGAUGGUGGUAGUUCAUCAAGGAGGCCCAAGAAGAGGGGACGACGUGCUGGUACUAGUGUAUCGACUAGCAAACGAACUAUACUAUGA